CAGGCAGCUCGGCUCCCUGGAUUGGCAGCGCUUACCUCUUCCUGCAGUCAACGUGCAAGACUAUCGCUCUGCCGUCUCUCUAUGAAAGCUCCCAGAAGAAACCCAGCGUAUUCAAGGCACUGAAGCUGGCAUUAGCAGGUACCCGUCCUCUCUGAUACCUUGGCAGACUGACCAUCUCGUCUCUUCACGUAGCAAUGCCAUGCCUUUCUUUAAUCUCACACACACGGGUUUUCCAUCCCCAAGGACUUUAUCACGGAGAGAAGACGAUUCGAAAGCUACUCCAUUGCAGGCUUGGUGGUGGAUGGGAGUGGGUCUGGGUUGUCUGUCUCAUGCCUGGAUAGUGACUCUGCUCGCUUCUCCCUGCCAGACUCCACCGGCAGCGUGAAUGGUGUGGACAUGCUCAAAGUGCACUGCAGCCACCCGCACCUGAUAGUGCAGCUCAAGUUCUGCAAGCAGGAGAACUGCCGCCGCUUCCUGCAGAGCUACCGGGAAGGAGUGCUCCAGGAGUCCCUGCAGAACCACCUCCAGCUCUCCCUGGCCAUGACCACGGUGCCUCUAGAGAUGGAGCUGAAGGCUGGCAGCGAGCACCUCGACAACAUGCUGAAGGAUGAGGAUCGCUGCCUGGAGUGCAUCUACAGAGAAAAGCCUGACCGCCUGCGGGAUGAGGAGAUCACUGAGCUCGAGGAGUAUCUGAAGAGCCUGAUCCUUCACCAGAACAUCAACAACAACCUGCCUGCAAAGGACUGCGCAUCUCUGAACUCCCCGUCUCUACCUUCCCAAGACAGCUCUCCUUCCCCGCAAGUCACCUUCCUCUUUCAGGGACAACAGUUUGCCAACAGAACACUCACCCCAGACGACCACCAGAAAUUUGCCAAGCUUGUGUCCAAGAAAUGGAAGCAAGUGGGUCGCUCUUUGCAGAGGAACUGCCGGGCCCUGCGAGAUCCUGUCAUCGAUAACCUGGCCCUUGAGUAUGACCGAGAGGGACUUUAUGAACAAGCCUAUCAGCUGCUGCUCAGAUUUAUCCAGUCAGAGGGGAAGAAGGCCACAAUAGCGCGACUGAUCGCAGCCCUGGAAGAAAAUGGUCUCACCAGCUUGGCCGAGGAGCUCUUGGGCCUCCAUUCCCAUGAGGACUCCUAGAGCCCAAAGGGCAGUGGCAUUGUUGAGGGCUUCCUUGCUUUAGCUAGUGUCUGAGACUGCUGCCAGUGUCUGGGAAUGUAAAGCCCUGAAAAUCACCGCAGGUUUCUGUGUCGGUGGCAGUGCCAUGGAGGAGAGGUUCUGUGCUCACAGAGGCCAGCACAAAGCUCUGACGUUCCUUAUUUCACUCUGUUUCCAGAAGUCAACUACCUUCCUAUGAACUGGUGAGAGAGGCUUUCAGCCUGACUUCCUUUCUUCACAGUGAAGCAGCCAGACAAGUUAAAGGGCCCGAGGGGAGGAAAAGGAGAAAAGCAAGGAAGGCAUCUCAGAGAAUUCCUAUGGGAAGCAGACACCAUUGGUGUUUUUCAGAUGUGGCCCAGGGCCAUCACCUGGAGGGCUGCAAUAUAUAUAUAUUUUUAUAUUGAAGACAUUUAUGCCCUCAGGCAUGACACUGAGUAAAGACAAAGGAAAAGUCUUUUUUUUAAAUCAUUUUCCUUCUUUGCUCUUCAAACAAGGAACAUCAGUGGCACGUGCAUCUGUCCCCAGCACAGCUCCUUCCCACAUCUCGCCACCUGAAGAUUCGCCUUUACCUGGGACAGUUGUAAUCUUCCACAGGACACAAUAUCACUGCUGUAGAACACAUUUCUGGCACUGAACAAGCAAUAUGGAUAAGCUUAAAUUCAGAAAACGAUUCCCAGCCUCUUCUGGACUGUGGUGAACAAUAAUAUAUUGACUAGAUCGCAUUCAGCUCUUCCCACCAAUCUGAAGAAGCCUGCAUCUGUGAAAAGGAAAACACAGCGUUGGAAGAAAAAUACACAGUCCUUCAGUCAGCAAGUUCCCUAUGGGCUGCAGAUUGGAACUGCUCUUCUACAGUGUGUUGCAGCAUCAAAUACCACCCUGAGCCCAGCCCACAGAGCUGAGCAAGCCCCCUCUGACCAGCUGGCUGCCAGUGCCUUCACUCACUUCUUAAAAACCUGCCCUCAGCCUGCUGAGUUCACCAGAGGGGAUUGCUUGCUCCUCAUGUGUCCCAAGGGUCAGGAUUUGCACCGAGUGUUUCCCUGACGCGUUGUCACUGUGUGACAAUUGGGCAUCAGCUCCUGGGCCUGGAUUUACCUGCCCUGCUUUUGAGGGGAAAAUAUUGCUUACCAGAGAAGGCACCCAAAACCCAGGGCCGACUUGUGCGUUCAGUUCCAGCGAGAUAAGCCUGCUCUCUCCUGGUGUGUUGAUGCAGACUGCAACAGAGCAGAGUUUUACCUUUGCCUAUAAGAAAGCACAGAGCAAAAAGUUUCUAGUGUGACAUGGUUCCCAUGAAGCACAGCAAACAGCCUGACUACCUUUGACAUAUUCCUUAUGCUUUCCUGAUAUGUUUUUUUUUUUUUUUUUAAUACGUUUCUGUUAAUUCUCUCCCUCUUUGGUCUUCCCAGCCAUGGGAACAACCAGUGGAAGUUAUGUCAGGUGUAGAAAGCGGCUCUGCCAGCACAUGCAAAGCCUGUGCAUACACACAAGUAUCAGGCCACUGGCAGUCAAGACAGCACCAGCUUUCAGAUAGACAAGACCUGUGGCCUUUUAAACCACAACUCACCUCUUAAUCAUUCGCUGGAGUCAAAGCCGUGAUUUAGUAAAGAGAAAAGCAAACUUGGAUUCAGGUGUGGGCUCAGAUCUGAGCUCAUGGGGCUGGUGUUGCUCCCUUACCUUCUCCGAAAUGCAUGCUGAGAGCAUCAGCUCACUGAAGACUCACAUCAGCAGGAUUUAGAUGACCAGCUUCUAUCCAGUCUGGGUCCGCAUGCUUCAAACAACCUGAGCAUAACCUGAGGAACCUGGCAUUUGUCUGCAGGUUUUGGAUCCCCAAGGUUACAUACACUGUGUAGAAAGGAAAUGGAAGGGGUCAGAGAAGGGGAGAAGGUUUUCAGGGUGUCAAUCCGUUUCCAUCUUGCCCUUAGCUUCAAAGAAAGCAGGACUUCAUGCAGACACCAUUUCUACAAAGACUGUAACCCCGUGGCAUUUUAUUAAGUCAUUGUAAGUUAGUGUUGCUGCAGCCUCAUCUUCCCCAUUCCCGCUGUGUCCUGUCCUCUCCCUUCCAGCAGUACCAGUGCUCCCCCCAAAAGGAAGCAAGUGCCGCUGCCAGGUUUCAGUUAGGGACCAGCACAGUGAUGCUGAACCUUCAUUAGUUUAGGCUGCUAUGGAACCCUACCUCAAAGCAGGUAGCUUGCCCUGGCUGGGAAACUCUGUUUGGCAGCAACCCAGCCAGCCAAUGGUAUGAACAAAAAAAGAACUCCGCCCCCCGAAACCAAACCAAACCAAACAACAACAACAAAACCAACAACUUUAACACAAAGACACAUCAGAAACUUGAAAAACACUUUAAAGGGCAAGUGGAUUUGCUCUUGAUUUUGCAAAAAAUGUUUUUAGAGAACAAGAUCGUAUGCACAGCCUGCUGUCUUACUUGUAACGACUCUUUCUAAGCUUGCAGUCUACAGCUAUUCAUAUGCACAUUUAUAUACAGUUGUAAGGCAGCGACCCACUGGUGUGAGCUGCUGGCUGUUAUAUCAUCUGUUAAUGCUCAAAAUGAGAGUUAUUCUUCAGCAUCUAUUUAAAGUCCAAAAACUUGCUUUGCUGCUAUUGCUGUAUUACAGAGGACUAAGCAUGAAUGCUCUUUUUUUCUUCUUAAUGCAAACCUUGUGCAUUUUAUUACUCUGCAAGCACUUGGCAUAUGUGUUUCCUCUUACUCACAGAUUCCCUCCCAAAAGUGCCAUUAAGUGCUGGAGCUCCUGGCAACCUUUCUGGAAUAUCAUCAUCUCUAACAGCAUUCACAGGUACCUUCAUUGCAGAGAUGCAAAGGAAAAGGGUUUUCCACUGAUAUUCCAUAGUGGAAUUGUGCUGAGCACGUGGCAUGGUUUAGGACCCUUAGCAGGGGCUGUUUCAUACUUUCUUUUCAGUGAGCAGUCAUCAUUAUGAGCCAUACGUUAGAUGCUACGUAAACUUGAUUCUGGUCUCAGGCAGAGUCCUUCCUGCUAAAAGAGAUGUUUUUUUUUCAGUAUUAUUCGGCACAAGCAUAGAUAAAUACAAUUUUCACAAGUGCCUUCUGAUGAAAUGGAUAAAUUUGAUCGCAAAUACCUAGUGUUGUUUGUAUUGAUUUGACAUUUUGUUAUGGCUUGACUCUGAACUUAACGUCUGUUUAAUCCAGAAGACUGGACUGCUUUACACCACAGUGCCUGCACAAAGGAUCUUACACCACGCAGGAUAGGAAGAAGCACUCACAAACAAAAAAAAGAUUAGCAGAGAUUUGUCGAAGAAAUUAGAAGCACGUCUUCUUUACUUCUGAUAGUAAAGCAAUGUGCAGAACUGGAGAAAGAGUUAAAUGCUGAGGAUUACUGGCUACUACACCAGGAAACUCAGCGCUUAAUGCUGGACCCAAGGGCUCUAAUAAGCAUCCCAGGUGGCUACCUGGCUGCCAGGCUGUUGAAAGAGGAGCGCACUCGUGCAGACCACAUUUCCCAUCUCGAUUAUUUUCCUUCUUGUCUACUGUGUGAGAUAAGCUAUGAGCAGUGCUGCAGCUGAAUUUGACCUCAUCCCAUAACAGCUCUUCUCUAUGUAUUGAGAUGUGCCUGAAAAAAAUAUUAGGUGGUGGGGAGGCUGGGGAGGAAGCAGAAUUGAACAUGCAUCAAACCAGCACACAACAUUAAAAGCAAAUAAAGAUAUUAAUCAGUUCUACAUAAAAAAAAAUGAAAUAGACAAAAUGUAAAACAAACAGCAGAAACCAGGCCAAAACACGCUCACAGGAAGGAAUCCAAGAGGGCUUUUUUGUGGUAGAGAUUGUUUUUGUAGCUUUAGCAGUGUUUCACAUUUGAAGGAGGCUCCUUUCAGUCUGCCAGAAGGAAUAAAAGAUGCAUCCAAAGGAGAAUUUGAAUGACUUGUUUUGGCAUAGCUGAGCUAGCGUUCAACUGGACAGAAAGGAGAGUGAAAGUCAAAGUGCUCACCGCAUAGACUUUGAUAUGAGGUUUCUGAUAAAGAAAACUCAGAGAACACCUUGAUCCAAAAUUGUCACAAAAACAAAACAACAUCAGCGUGCACUGGAGGGCAGAGUCAGUAAAACAUUAGCCCUCUUAGAUGCCUGUUAAAAACACCAUGGAUUUUCAUUUACCUGCUGAGGAUGACGAUGCACAAUCACAGCAGAUUAAUCAAGAGGGGUAGAGAAGGUGCUCACUCCUAGCAGUUUCAGUUCUCAUAUACCACAACUGCUUGCAGCGGACGAGUUGACUCGAAAACAAGGAAAGGGUUUCAGCAUUAUUGAUCGGAAGCACUUAAAAAUCAUGAGCCAGAACUUAAAGAAAUCAUAAAAUUUACUUCCAGAUUUUCGCAGCAAGUCAAAUUAAAAAUGAAUGUCAAGUGACAGCUUGUAGCAAUGCUUUCCAGGUUUCUGUUUUCAGUUUCAGCCCUACAGUCGAAGAGAGAUACAUGGAUUAUUUUUAAUGCAGAAUGGGAUCCUGAUGUCAGAGCACUGCAGGUUACUGAGCUUUAUGAAAAAAUGUGACUCUUCAAGUAAAACAGAGUUUGCUGGAGUUUCAUAGCUAGGAAGUCUCAGAACUGUCUCUGUUUCAAGAUUUGGGGGAAACUGAGGCAGAAAACUUUGCACCGCUGUCAAGAUAUAGAAACCAUUAAGGCCAAAGAGUGUGUAGGCUGAGGGAAAAUAAUACUUGUUCAGAGAAGUCAUAGGUACUUGGUGUUGAAGAUGCUCCAGGCAAAGAUUUUUUUCCCAGUGUGAGGAAAUCGUGCUUUUUUCCUUACUGGUUAAUUUUGCCAUUCACUUCAAAAUCUUCUUCAGCACUGAGAAGACAUCCUGCUGCCUGGGUGACCGUGUUGUCUCACCUCUGCCAUUUCCACAGGUACCUUAGUGCCACCCCUGAGUUGCACCACAGCAGCUCCCCACCGACUCAGAACCUAAAGUAGCUCAUGCAGCAUCAUGGAGCUCCAAAUUCAAUUACUUAAACUCAAAAUUUUGGUAUAGCUGUGAACUUCUGCUAUUGUACACCCAAAACCAAGGGAAUACUAGAAUGGAUUUCUUCAGUCUGACCCACAUUGGAGUGGAUAAAUGGAACUGGUGAAGUACGCUGCUUUCUGCUGGCUGAGGGUCUGGCCGUUUGUCUUUUGCACAGAGAUGGGCCCAAUUGGUGAGGCAAUUUAAGGCCUGGAGUCAAAAAAUUAUAUAUUUUUCUUCUCUGGAUUUAACUGGGCUUGAACUUUUAAAGCCAGUGAAGAGAUUUGGCCAUACAUCUCUAAUUGAAAUCAGUAGGAGAUGCGUGGUUAAGUCCCUUAGUCAUCAGCGGAAAAAUCCUUUGCUGACCUUCUAAUUCCAAAUUUCCGUGAUAUUCAGCAUCAGAUCUGGAUCAGCCAUCUCCAGCUCUGGGCUGCGAUGCCAUGUAUACUCAGGUCUAAAGCAUUUGACCUCCACGGUAUUGUCUUUUAUAGAAGAAAGCACUUUGGUCUAUUUUUUUCCAUUCUCUUUUAUAAAUAAAUAUAUAGU